AUGGUCGGAAAAUUCCCUUGGUCAGCAGCUUCUUGCUCAUUCUCGUGGUCGAAACCUGCCUAUUACCCUAUAGGAUCUAAUUAUGCCGAUGAUCAACUCACCCAGACCAGCAAAGAGUCAGACAUAUCACCAUUGGUGAAACAGAAACGACUGAGGAUCUGGGUCAUCGUCUGUCUCAUGCUGACGAUUGUUAUUCCGGCCGUUGUGUUGGGGUCCAAACUUCCACUGGAUACCAGAACAGGGAGGAAGGAGCCAUUUGUUCCUAGUUUCGAGACCCAUAGCGUCACAUUUGACCUUCAGGAGUUGUUCGCAGCACCCCCCUCGAAAGAUAGCAAUGCGGCCUGGGACAACUUGAUCCCCGACGGUCAUGGCUAUGUCCUCGUUCCCGAAGCUGCCGAACGAUAUGGUCUUGCACCUGGGAUUCAAACUGACGAGGGAAUAGAUCGCUAUUCAGUGACUGUGUACCAUCAACUUCACUGCUUGGGCAUGAUCCGUAUCCUUUUCUAUCAGAUGGUAGCGAUUGCCAACCAUACUACCCCUCGCCAUUUUUACCACGGUACUGACAAGGAUAAUCAUGAUCCGACGCCCUUUCCUGAUCAUGUGAAUCACUGUUUCGACUAUAUCAGGCAAUCUCUAAUGUGCUCUGGAGAUAUGACACUCGAACACUCGAGGGAGCCACCACUCGGGGAGAAACGUACUGACACGGAUGGAUGGGGUGUCGAGCAUCAGUGUAAAGAUUGGGAUGCUUUGGUGUUGGAAAUAGGUGCCGGAAGCAGCUCCUUACGCUUGAUACCAGCAUAUACCGUCAGACAUCACCCCGCUUGGGGAGUUCAGCUAGUGCGACUCUGGAAAGGUACACGCAUGCUGCGCACCGUCCUGCUGUGCCGCUCGAUCUUCAAGGAUGUUUGCAUUGGCGACGGCCAGAUCUAUUGGACGCAAUGCUAUCACAGGCAGGUGCUUAGUACAGAUAGUGAUAAUGUGAAGGCCGAGAAUUCUAGGCUCACUUCGACGUCGCAUUACAUAUGCAGACUAAACGCUGGUGCCAUUCUCUUGAUUUACUUACUACUAAGAUCAAAAAUCUCCGGACCGCCUUUCCCCAGUCCGUUUCCCUCCGUGGACUAUGAAAUUCGGUCGUUUUCCGAAGAGUAUAGCAGAGACGGCUCAGUACCAGAAGUAUGGGACACGAAAGCAGACUAUCCGCCAGGUGAAGGUUACACGUUUAUUGAGAAUGCGGGAGCAUAUGCACUUCCUCCUGGUGUUGUGGUCAAUGGAAAGGCCAAUCUGUACGGCACCGCUUGGACUCACCAAUACCACUGCCUGGUUUGUGAAGGAGCAGAUAUCCCCUGGAUCACGUAA